AUGGGCGCACGAACACGAGGAACCGAAAAUUUGGAGAGGAUCGUACACAGCAGCCGAGCUCUUCCAGUGAAUGGCAUCGAUGAAGCUGAGCGUCGGGACGACUCUUCUCCACCGCCAGAUCAAGUAGGAGAGGAAAAUACGGAAAACUCUGAGCUUACCAAUGAGGAUACUAGAAAUCAAUCUCGUAAAAGGGAAUUGGUUUUGAGUGAGGACAUGUCCAAUAAAAUAUCGAGAAGUGAUGGAGGAGAAUGA